GGGGACGAGGUACUGGAUUCGCAUCUGAUGCUGGGCCUGGGCUGGGGGUUCGGGUACAGUUCGGGGCUGAUCGUCCACCAGCCAGGGUAGUCGUCCCAGGCGGGGACUCGCAUUCUCCCUGUACCAGGGGCAGGAGUAGCCAGGAUGCUGGUGGGCUCUGGGACGCUGGGCGCUUAGGGUUAGGGGGGAGGUGGAGCCCCCCCCCCCAGGGAUGGUGCAGGGGUCGGUGGAGGAAAUACGGUAAUGGCGUCGGCCACGGGUCAGGAAGGAGCUCGAGAAGCAGAAGGCUGUGGUCAGGGCGGCUGGCUCUGCGUGACUCCCAGGGGACCUUUCUGAGCCCUGAGGGCUGUUGGCAGAGCCCCGCCACGGGACCAGGGCUUGAGUCCUGGGGAAGCCGAUGCCGGGGCCAAGCUGGAAAGAUGGAGACAGAGUCUUCGGAAGAGUCCCAACCCCGCCCCCUCCAGGGCUGUGCUGGUUGUGUGUGGGAAGUGGGGGCCAUUUCUACCUCUGAUACCAGAGUGCCACCCACCUUCUUUGCUCAAAACCCAGACUGCCCAGAGAGCCUGGGCUGUGUCCUGCUGAGGUGCCGUGGCUUUUCUUCUCUAUGCCGGGGAAGCGCUUGCCGCUGAGCUGUACCUUCACCGCAGCUCAUGUUUUGCAUUACAGCCUGCUUUGUGCAUUGCGUGAGAAGUGGGUCAGAUCAGCCAGUAGCUGUAGCUGAUGCUGGAAUCAGUACUCAGCUCUGAGUCCCCAUAGAAGGAACUUCUGAAUCUAAAUCUGAGCAGCAACACUCUUUGCCUUGAGUUUCAAAAAGACUUAGACACAUAUGCUGGGCCUGUGGACGGGUAGAUGCCUGUGGAUUUACUUCUUGAUGGUUCUCCAUACAGUGUCAUCCACGCCCCAGUCAGCCUGCCAGCUCUCCUUCCUGCCGCCAGGAACCGAGAUGGGUGCAGAAAGCCCCAGGGGCUCCCCGAGCUGACCCAGGACUCUCAGGGGACAGCACUUAACCUUUUCGAUUGCAGGAAAGAAGAAAUUUCUCCUCCAUCUUGUUGAGUUUAUUGCCUGGGUUCUAAAAAGCUGACAAAGGGCACUUACAGAAAAGUUUUAUUAAUAUUUUAAGUUUAUUUGGGAGAGGUACCGGGGAUCGAACUUGGGUCCUUGUGCUUGUGAGGCAGGCAGUGGAACCAAUAUGUAAAAUUUCUUAUAAACAGAGGCUUCACAGAAAAGGAGUGAAAGAGCCAGAGAUUUGGGCACACAUGUGUACCUUUUUUUGGGGGGGGGGUACCGGGGAUCGAACUCAGGUCCUUGCGCUUGCACAGCAGGCGGCAAAACCACUGAGCUAAAUCCCUGGCCCGCCUGUGUACCAUUUUAACAAAGCAUGAUAAGCCAUGGAAAAGUGGGAGACAAGGAAGGGAACUUGGACUUCAGGGCUGAUAAAUUAUAGGAAGUGAGAGGGGUGAGGGAGUAAUGGAAGAUCAAGGCUGUAUUUUCCUCUUGGAAAUUCGAGGGUUGCUUUUAGGUGGUUUCUUCCCACUUGCCAAAUGCACCUCUCUGGGGUGGUUGUCCUGUGCCAGUUUGUUCCUGCAGGUGCCUAUAGAUGGUCACCUGGGGGAAGGCCCAGCUGACCGCUUCUCCCUGCCCUGCAGGUCUGGAGAGCUUGGCUCUACUGACAACACUGUCCUCCACUUGCCAGAGUCUCCAGGCUAUGCAGCAUCCCACAGGGCCCACUCCUUGCCUGGCCCUGACUGGGGACCACAAGGAAGGCUGGAGAAGUCUCUAGAGCACCUGCGGAGACAGAUGGAGGAUGCACUGCUGUUCCAAGCCCAGGCAGAGGAAACCUGCGCCUUGUGGCAGAAGAUGGUGGAGACCCAGCGGCAGAACAUGCUUGGCGAAUUCGAGCGUCUGCGUCGCCUCCUUGCUGAGGAGGAACAGCAGCUGCUACAGAGGCUGGAGGAAGAAGAACUAGAGGUGCUGCCCAGGUUGCGGGAGGGUGCUGUGCGCCUCAGCCAGCAGAGCGCCCAGCUGGCCACGCUCAUUGCUGAGCUGGAGGCCCGCUGCCAGCUGCCUGCACUGGGGCUGCUGCAGGACAUUAAGGAUGCCUUGCGCAGGGUACAGGAUGUGAAGCUCCAGCCCCCAGAGGUGGUGCCUAUGGAGCUGAGGACCGUGUGCAGAGUGCCAGGGCUGGUGGAGACUCUGCGGAGGUUUCGAGGUGAUGUGACCCUGGACCCAGACACCGCCAACCCCGAGCUGGUCCUCUCCGAGGACAGGAGGAGUGUGCAGCGAGGUGACCUCCGGCAGGCUCUUCCCGACAGCCCGGAGCGCUUCGACCCCGGACCCUGUGUACUGGGCCAGGAGCGCUUCACCUCAGGCCGCCACUACUGGGAGGUGGAGGUUGGAGACCGCAGCAGCUGGGCCCUGGGCGUGUGCAGGGACAACGUCAACCGAAAGGAGAAGGGCGAGCUGUCAGCCAGCAACGGCUUCUGGAUCCUGGUGUUCUUAGGCAGCUACUACUCCUCCUCCAAGCGGGCCUUCUCCCCAAUGCGGGACCCACCCAGGCGUGUGGGCAUCUUCCUGGACUAUGAGGCUGGACACCUCUCUUUCUACAGUGUGACAGACGGCUCGCUCCUGUUCACCUUCCCCGAGACAACCUUCUCUGGCACACUGCGGCCCCUCUUCUCGCCUCUGUCGAGCAGCCCAACCCCGCUGACCAUCUGCCGGCUGAAAGGUGGGCCCGGGGACGCCCUGGCUCCCCAGUGACACAGACCCUCUCAGGAGUCCGUUUGCCUUUCCUGGCCCUGUCCUGCUUCCAUGUCUGUCCAUUAUGAGGACUUGGGAGGAGGAAACAUGUCCUGAAAGAUGGGAGAAACGUGCCUUCCUGAAUGUGCUUGAGAAAACCGAACUUGGGGUAUCUGUAGGCAAGUAUAAGCCUUUCCCUGUACAUCGAGUGCCAUCAGCCUUCACCUAAGCACAGAACCCUGAAGUUCAGAGCCUCCCUGAACUGCCCCCUGCCAGGACCUUCAGGCAGCAGCCAGCCCCCAGCCCCCAUGUACCCCACCCAGGUGAACACUGGGACCAGGGUUUGGUCCCAUAGAUGAGAGUCCUGAGAGGAGCUGUCAUUGCCCUAGAAGUGGUUGCUGCAGAAGAGGACACACAGCACCCAGUACUUCAGGGAGGUGAACUAGGAACAGUGUAACACCCAUGCUCUGGCAGAGAACACCUGAGCACAUGUGCAGCCUGAGUGGCGUAGGGCCAGGAGUGACAUUCACGUGUGCACAGCUCUGAAGCCUUAGGACGUCCCAGGCUGGCUUGGCCUCACAAAUGCCUCCCUUAUCCUGACCCCAGUGGCCUUCUCUAAGGACUCCAUGUGUGCCCCACCCUGGUGGCCCACCUUGCAGAAGGGUGCUGCAGAGAGCCCAACCUACAGCAUCCAGGGGGCUGCUGUCAUGUGUGGUUUGAGGGUUUAACCUCUCUGUUUUAUUUAUUGUAAGGACAGCAUUUCCCUAAAUAAAAGUUGCCACCUGCAA